UGGAAGUAAAAUUCCACAGCACAGUUUCUCAUGCUCUGAGACCAGGACUGUGACUCCCAUGCACUUCUGCUCCCGGCCGAUCAAAUACUUCAGCCUCACUGCUGGAGGGGGAUCUGUUUGUUAGCAGCUUCAAGGGAAAAACCUCCAGAAAUAAUUCAAAGCACCUAAUAAGGUUUAAUUCUCAUCAUCAUCAUCAUGUGGGUGUCAAACCUGGUUUCCCUGGUCCUCCUGGCCUCAGCGGCCUCGGCUGCCACCUCUGCCUCGGCCGAUAAAGUGCUGAGUAACCACGCCACCAUCCUGGCCGACAACAGCGCCAACCUGGCUUUCACGCUCUAUCAAAACAUGGCGAAGGAGAAGAAUGUGGAGAACAUCCUCAUUUCCCCCGUAGUUGUGGCGUCCUCUCUGGGUCUGGUGGCUCUCGGCGGGAAGGCCUCCACUGCCUCUCAGGUGAAGACCAUCCUGAACGCGGCUAAAGUGAAAGACGAGCAGCUGCACUCGGGUCUGGAGGAGCUCCUCAGCGAGGUGAGCGACCCAAAGACCCGCAACGUGACCUGGAAGAUCAGCAGCCGCCUGUACGGACCCAGCUCCGUCAAGUUCGUGGACAAUUUCGUCAAGAGCAGCAAGAAGCACUACAACUGCGACCAGUUCAAGGUGAACUUCAAAGACAAGAAGAGCGCCGUGAACGCCAUCAACGAGUGGGCGGCCAAGUCAACCGACGGGAAGCUGCCUGAGGUCACCAAGGACGUGGCAAAGACCGACGGCGCCAUGAUCAUCAACGCCAUGUUUUUCAAACCUCACUGGGAUGAGCGAUUCCAUCAUCAGAUGGUGGACAACCGUGGCUUCAUGGUGUCUCGCAGCCACACGAUUUCAGUACAGAUGAUGCAUCGCACCGGUCUCUACGGCUUCUAUGACGACGCCACCAACAGGCUAACCAUCCUCAGCAUGCCCCUGGCUCAUAAGAAGUCCACGGUGGUCUUCAUCAUGCCCUACAGUGUGGAAUCUCUGGAGAGGCUGGAGAAGCUGCUGACCAAGACGCAGCUGGACACCUGGCUGGGAAAGCUCCAGGAGAAGGCAGUGGCUGUGUCCCUGCCGAAAGUCAGCAUGGAAGUCAGCCAUGAUCUGCAGAAAAACCUCCAGGAGCUGGGCCUGACCGAGGCGGUCGACAAAUCCAAAGCCGACCUGUCCAACAUCUCUGGGAAGAAGGACCUGUACCUCUCCAGCGUGUUCCACGCCUCGGCCUUAGAAUGGGACACCGCUGGAAACGAAAUGGACACCAGCAUCUACGCAACGGACAAACUGAAAGAUCCCAAGCUGUUCUAUGCGGACCAUCCGUUCAUCUUCCUGGUGAAGGACCAGAAGACCAACUCCAUCCUGUUCAUCGGCAGGAUGGUCCGGCCCAAGGGUGAAAAGAUGAGGGAUGAAUUGUGAGCUGAUAGUGACCUGACACUGUGUGGGUGUGGGUUUCCUACUGCAGAUUGAUUAAAGUGCACAAGCAUUCCUUUAAAUAAAGGUUGUUUCUUUAACUGUAAGGAGGAUGAAAGCCUCCCUCAGAGGCCACAACGUGUUCUGGAUUCAGCCAGCUUUAGUGUGCACAAGAUCUCAAGAUCCAACGUUUAAGUUGCCUUCAAAUUUUCAGCUUUAAAUAUUUGAAUGGGAUCUUUUCUCUUGACUUCAGCUUCUUUAAGGUUCCUUUAAUACAAAAAAAAACAAAACAACAACAUCGAAAACCACUGCUGUACAUCAUUCGCCACCAGCAU